AUGUUAGGGAAGCCCAGAAAAUAUGCGCCGUACAGUCGUUGGGUCUUUCUCGGCUGGAUAGGACAAAUAGAAACACUGGUAGCGAAGAACAGUGUGUCUAUCUCUUGA